CUGAAUCAUACAAGGUGGAAUUUUUUUCCUUGCUUUCACUGUAAAGAUCUUUUACAAGUUCCCUGCUAUAACUUUGCCGUAUUAGACGUUCAUUUUAACAUCCGUUGUUAUUUGUUAUCAACUAUUUGCAUAUUUAAUAGCACCACACCACACUUCUCUAACUUAGGACUCUUUUUUAUAUAUACAGGACUAAACUUAACUGUGGAUAUAUUUGUACUAUUUCCAUUUUACAGCUUGGAUCAGCAUAUUCUCUGUAUUCAGGAUUUCGCGUCUAUAAGACUCUUUCUGAUGACAAGAAGGAAAAUAAUGAUGACCCAACAGACCUUCCUGUGGAUGAAAAAUAUUUUAAUAUUGUCAUCCACUUGAGCUAUGCUGGCAUCGCCUUUGCAGCGAUCUCGCUGUUGGUAAAUUUGUGCCUACUGGUAUCCUAUGGCAUGAGGAACAGAUUUUUGGCCUUUCCUUGGGUGUUGUGGAGUCUCUUUCAACUUCUGUUCACUUUGGGAGCAACAAUUUUCCUUGUUGCCAUCUGGAAUGGAUUUGCUUAUACCCUCAUUGGAAUAAUCCUUGGAUGGGUCCUAUCGAUCUAUUUCAUCAUCGUGGUUUUCUCGUACAUUGAGGCUCUUCGUGAAGACCCUUCAGGAGGUUUAGCUGGGUUUCCAUCUGAUACCAUGAUCCGUGUUGUUGGGCCUGCCUACUCAAAGUUUCCAUGAAGCCCUGCCUGAAACCAAGAACAGCUGUUAACCAGUAGAAGAAAAUGCUGUUAUUGUAUUGUUUUUCAUGUUUUUUUGAUCUAUGUUAUCAUUGAAGUUUUUAAAGUCUCUUUUAGAUGAUUUUGUAUACAAGGGCAUGUCUCAUUAACCCAAGUUGUAAAGGGUAUGUACUAAAAACACAUUGUAUAACCUGCAAAGCAGCCAACUCAUUACUUUAAAAAGAUAUGGGAAUGUACACUCUGCAGUAGUGCUCCCUUACAGGGUACAAGGAAGUUUGACAUCCAGUGAUUAUUUUUCUGACAAGUUAACAUGGAGAAGUCAAGGAAACUGCAGACAAGCUCAAAUUCCUAGCAUGAAAUAGGAAAUGUUAUUUUGCUUUUCUUCCUUGGCCUGCACCUGAAUCUAUUUUCUGUGUGGCAUUGGAGGUAGAAGUAGAAGGAAAUAGUAGAAGAAAAUGCUGUUAUUGUACCGUUUUACAUGUUAUUUUUUAUCUAUGGUAUCAUUGAAGUUUUUAAAGUAUCUCUUAGAUGACGUUUUAUACAAGGGCGUCUCCCAUAAGGGUAUGUACGUAAAACUCCUUGUAUAACCGGCGAAGCAGCCAAUCCGUUACCUUAAAAAGAUAUGGGAAUGUGUGCACUGUAGAGUAGACCAAUUAAAUGCAAAUUUCAAAAUUGUG